UUUUUACUUUUUUUUCAUUUCUAUAAAAAAAAAAUGUCGCAAGUAUUACCCAUUGAUAAAAAACAGCUGCGUGCGUGUUUAUUAUGUUCGUUAGUCAAGAAUGCAUCUCAGUUCCGAGCUAAUGGAUGUGAGAACUGCGAAGAGAUUUUACAAAUGAGAGGCAGUAUGGAUCGUGUGACAGAAUGUACCAGUGGAAAAUUUGAAGGUGCUAUUGCUUUAAUGCAUCCUAAAGAAAGCUGGGUAGCAAGGUGGCAGCGUAUUGAUAAAUUCCAAAAGGGCGUUUAUGCCAUUGUAGUAUACGGAAGAGUGCCUGAAGAUGUGGAGGAUGAUUUAGAACGACGUGGUGUGACAUAUAGACCUAGAGAUGGCAGUGUCAAAGAUUAAAUUUUUUUUUUUAUAUAUAUAUGUUUAAACAUGUGUUUAUUUAAGAAGGAAAAAAGGACUA